AGAAUUGUGCGUUCUAUGUCGAUUGCACGCUUCGUACAAUGCCUCCUAACUCAAUUUAAGGGCCACCAUGUUAAGGGAAACAUGAAAAAAUACAGUUAAACUACAACUGCACGCCGUGAUUUGUCUUGAGAACAGUCGAAACGCUGCCGGCUGCAAGCGAACACGAUGACCACGAGUAGCGAGGAUGUGCUGCUGCAGAUGGGCGAGGUGCGGUACAAGAAGGGCGAUGGGACGCUGUAUGUAAUGAAUGAGCGUCUAGCAUGGAUGGCAGAGCACCGGGAUACAGUGACGGUUUCUCAUCGCUAUGCGGAUAUUAAGACCCAAAAAAUUUCGCCCGAGGGCAAACCGAAGGUGCAGUUGCAGGUGGUACUACAUGACGGAAACACUUCAACGUUUCAUUUCGUAAAUCGCAACGGCCAGAAGGCCAUGGUGGCCGACCGCGACAAAGUCAAAGAACUCUUGCAGAAGCUACUGCCAAGCUUUAAGCGCAAGGUGGACAAGGAUCUAGAGGAUAAGAACCGCAUAUUAAUGGAGAAUCCAAACUUGCUACAAUUGUACAAGGACUUGGUCAUUACAAAAGUUCUCACCAGCGACGAGUUCUGGGCCACCCACGCCAAAGACCACGCACUCAAGAAGGUCGGCAAGAAUCAGGAAAUCGGUGUUUCUGGCGCGUUUUUAGCCGACAUCAAACCGCAAACGGAUGGCUGCAAUGGCUUAAAAUAUAAUUUAACUUCUGAUGUCAUACACUGCAUUUUCAAAACAUAUCCCGCCGUUAAGCGCAAGCACUUCGAGAAUGUACCAUCAAAAAUGACCGAAGCGGAAUUUUGGACAAAGUUUUUCCAGUCGCAUUAUUUUCAUCGCGACCGUCUCACCGCUGGUACCAAAGACAUCUUCACUGAGUGUGGCAAGAUUGAUGAUCAGGCUUUGAAGGCCGCCGUGCAGCAGGGCGCUGGCGAUCCGCUGCUCGAUUUGAAGAAUUUCGAAGAUGUUCCGCUGGAGGAAGGCUUUGGAAGCGUAGCCGGCGAUCGCAAUGUUGUUAAUAGCGGCAACAUUGUCCACCAAAACAUGAUUAAGCGAUUUAAUCAGCAUUCCAUUAUGGUGCUGAAAACUUGCGCCAACGUUAACAAUGCGUUGCCCUCAAUGAGCAAUGGCACAAAUAUUGCCAAUGGACCUGUUCCGCAAUCAGCUUACACAAAUGGCAUCAACGGCAAGGGCUCCAAGCACUCGUCAGAAAGCCUCCCAAAAAGCAAAGAUGAGCCGCCAACAAAGAAACAACGACUAAUCGAAAAAAUUCAUUUCGAGGACUUAGGGGAUCCUCUAUUAGAUCCUGAUGAAAACACAACUGAUGGUCCCAAUAAAACCAAACAAGUCGAAUUGGCUAAGGUCGAGCGAUACCUAAAUGGUCCCAUACAAAACCAAAUGUACGAUAGCCAUAAUGACGUGCUCAGUUUGGACGAAGUUCAAUACAAGCUGGUCCGCAACUCGGAGUCCUGGUUAGAUCGUAGCGCGCAACGUGAAGUAAUUAGUUCCAAGUCCGCAGUCAACGCCCUGGGCGAACUGAGUCCGGGUGGCUCUCUAAUGCGAGGCUUUCAGGAACAAUCUGCCGGACAGCUGGUGCCACGAGAUUUUCAACGUGAUUUGCGUCAUUUAUACCUCUCCUUAUCGGAGCUUUUGAAACAUUUCUGGAACUGUUUUCCACCGACCACAGAAGAACUGGAGGCGAAACUGCAGCGUAUGCACGAAACUUUGCAGCGUUUCAAAAUGGCCAAAUUAGUGCCUUUUGAGAAUCGUGCCAUGCACGAGCUCUCGCCAUUACGUUCAUCAUUGACUCAACACAUGAACUUGCUGCUGCGAACCGCCAACUCCAAAUAUGCCACAUGGAAGGAACGAAAGCUGCGUAACAAUAGAUAACAUACGCCUUACGAGAACGAGCGGCAGCAGCAGCCAUUGCACACAACGCGCUCCUCACAACUGGAGUUGGAUAUAUUUUAAUUGUCAUCCCCGUUUGUGUACGAGUGGGUGUGCAGCACUACACCUCAUGAAACAUUUUGUGUACUACUCAUAAGCAUCUAGUAUUACUAUUAAGGUCUGCGCUGAAUGACACGCAUUGGAAUAAAAUAAUAUUUACAAGUUUUAA